AUGGACGAAGAAGACGUUCUGCUUGGCAGUACGUUAUGUGAUAUCGGUUCUCUAAGUGAGGUUGAUGAAGCAGCCGUAUUAGGCGAUGAUGUUCUGGCUGAAGCAAGUACACGUAAAGAUUCCAUUGAUGAAAAGGAAGAGUUAGAUUAUGAUGAGGAUUUUGAUGAAGAAACUGGGAGGUCGCCUCGGUCAUCGAAAUUUGCGUCGGAAAGGGUUGAAGAGGGAACUGAACACUUCGAGGCUGGAAAAGUAGUAAAGUUAAUCAAGGAUAACUUUUUUGUAUGGACAAAUGUUAAGGGUCAUUUUCAUAAAAGUACUGCUAUUUGGACGAUUGAUCAUCGACGUUUGUCUGUUAAGUCAAUGGAGGCGUCACCUGAACAAGAUCGCUUAGAACGGCGUCGGAAGAGUUCAGGUCCUAACAGCUUGGUUGGUCAAGAGUCUGAGGAACCCACCACGGUGGCUUCUCAAAUGCCACCGCCGCCGAAGCUUAUGCGUUCAGGGCGUAAGGUUCUGAUGAAUCCCCAUUAUAGAGGGGCUAUAAAUGCGCAGCCAGAGUUGCUGAAUUGGGGUUCUUUAAAAUCAGUUAACGUAGCUGGUCUCGGACUUCAACUGCGUCCUUGUUUACCGGCCGUUGCGCAGGUGACAACUAUACAGCCACAGGCUUACAUGGCGGUACCUUCUUCUUCUGCAGACUUCUCUAAACCUCCACCAUUAGUUCCAAUAUCGAAUUUUACGACACCUCCGCCGUCAUUUAACAUGGGUUAUGCUGCAGCAACCCCUCCUACAGUUCUCCCUACUGUGGAUGAUUGGAGCAAAAAGGUUAACGGGUUUCUGGAUAAGAUUGCUGGACCUACUAGGUCGUCUCGCCGGUAUUCUCGCUCACAGUCUCGGUCUUCUUUUUCUUCGUCAAGAUCAAGGCCAAGAUCUUACUCUUCCCGUUCCUCUAGCUUUUCUGAUUCAUCACGUUCUUCCCGUUCGUCUCCUAGAAACAGUAGGUCCCGUGGUCGCCGUUCAUCAUCGCGCCGCAGUGGUAGCAGAUAUCUAAGACGCAGAAGUCGCAGUCGUUCGAGAUACGGAGAUCAUGGACGAGGUGUUUUAGAAAAAAGAAGUGGGCGUUUUGAAGAAAGAAAAGGUCAAGAACGCCAUAAAAGUUAUUAUCAGGAUCCCAAUCACCAGGAAAAAACUAUAGAAUGUGCUAAGGCCAUUGGUUUGGAUAACGAGUACCUAUCGAAACUGGAAGAACAGAAGAAGAUGAGAGAAGAGAUACUUCGAAAGAAGGAAGAACGACGUUUUCAAAACGUGCAGAGAAUGGGGACAAAUGAAAAUUUGAAUGACGAGAAAGAUGGGAAGAACUAUGCUGCCGCUUUCACCAUUAGAAGAGUUGAUACCACUGUAGAACGGACGCAGCAUUCAAACAGCGGUGACUCGAAAAAAGGCGAUAGACGGUUUCAGAGAGCACGAGCAAAAGGUCCUUUAAAACCAGAAGAAAAGAAUGAUUUGAAAGAUAUCAACUUGAGCGGUGGCAUGAGGAGUCCUUUUAAAUCUAGUGUUGGUCCUGAAGGGAAGUUGCUGGGCCAGGGAAGUCAGCGAAAAAACCCUGAGAUUGGCGCGCAGUCUUCAAAUGGUGAAAUUAGAUUCUGCGCGAUUGACCAGGAUAAACGGCGAAUGCAGAUGAAUCAGUCGAAGGAUCCACAGCAGAACACUCAGUUUGCUUCAGGCCGCUUGUUAACUGGUGCUUCGGAGAAAACUGGGAGAAAGAAACCCUAUUUGGCUGUGGUGAUAGGAACUAGCAAUAAGAAAUCACCCGAUUUGGAAAGGAUGAAACUUAUUGCAUCUACAGUAGGACCACUAAAGAAAAUAUGGAUUUCUUCGCCAGAAACAGUUUCUGUGAUUUUUGAGUCUCACGAUAGUGCAAAGCAGUUCACAUACAAGUAUAAUGGUUCUUCUCUGGCAUUUUUAGGAUUCAUGGCAGUUUUGGUUGAUUCUUUGAUUGUCGAAUCAAGAAAUGCUAAUUGA